AUGGCUUCCAAUGGAUACACUACGAUGCGUACGCCCAAUGCUAAUAAAGGAUUGGCUUUUACGGAAGAACAACGCAAGCAGCUUGGUUUACGUGGCUUGCUACCGGCUGCCGUAUCCACGAUUGCAUUUGAAACUGCACGUGCCAUGGCCGCCAUUCGUCGCAAGACGUCGCCCAUUGAAAAGUACAUUUUUAUGCAAAACAUGCAAAAUGUUAAUGAAGACGUUUACUAUCGCAUGCUCAUUGAACACACGUCCGAACUGAUGCCAAUUGUUUACACACCGACGGUCGGUCAAGGCUGUCAAGAAUUUAGUCAUAAUUACACGCAACAGCCGCGUGGUCUCUUCAUUUCGUUGAAUGACAUUGGCCACGUUGCUGAGAUCCUAGACAAUUGGCCGGAAAAGGACAUUCGGGCCAUUUGUUUUACGGACGGGGAACGGAUUCUUGGAUUAGGUGAUCAAGGAGCCAAUGGCAUGGGAAUUCCUAUUGGCAAGUUGGCACUGUAUACGGCAUGUGCCGGUGUUCCACCCCAGAUGUGUCUACCCGUUGUAAUUGACUGUGGAACUAAUAACGAGGAGUACCUGGCUGACCCCUUUUACAUUGGUCUGCGUCAGAAGCGCGUACGUGGUGAAAGGUUUGAGGAACUUGUCGAGGAGUUCAUGGACGCUUCAAAGGCCAAAUACGGCAAGAAAGUUUUAUUGCAGUUCGAAGACUUUGGCAACUCGACCGCCUUCAAUCUACUACGCAAGUACCAGAACACUCACUGCACGUUCAAUGACGACAUUCAAGGUACAGCCUCAGUGGUUCUUGCCGGUUUACUUGCUGCUGUCCCACUAUCAGGCAAGACUAUCUCGGAGCAGACAUUUCUAUUUUUUGGCGCCGGUGAGGCCGGUACUGGCAUUGCGGAACUAAUUGCUCAAGCUAUUACCACGGAAACGGGCAAGUCGGUGGAAGAGUCUCGCAAGCAGAUUUGGCUUGUGGAUUCACGCGGUCUGAUUGUUAAUUCCCGCAAAGAGUCUCUACAGCACCACAAGCUGAUGUUCGCCCACGAUGGUCCCUUGUGCUUAGACCUGCUGUCGGCCAUUGAACAGAUCAAGCCAACUGCUCUUAUCGGCGUGUGCACUAUCGCCAAAGCCUUUAACAAGGAGGUGUGCCAGAAGAUGUGCGAGGUCAAUGAGCGCCCGAUCAUCUUCGCUUUGAGCAACCCCACAUCCAAGGCCGAGUGCACGGCCGAAGAGGCCUAUACGUUCACGGACGGCAAGUGCAUUUUCGCGAGUGGCAAUCCCUUUGACCCUGUUGUAUACAAAGGAAAGCGUUACGUGCCUGGUCAGGGCAACAACUCGUACGUGUUCCCUGGCAUUGGCUUAGGAAUUGUUGCGGCUGGGCUGACUCACGUCGACGACGAGGUCAUGAUCAUCGCUGCCAAGACGCUGGCUGGUUUGAUCACUCCCGCCGACCUGGAAACUGGCUGCGUCUACCCACCGCUGUCCACCAUCCGCAACGUCUCGCUGAAGAUCGCUGAGGCUGUCGCUGAAUACGGAUACGAGAAAAACUUUGCUACGGUUCCUAAACCAGAGAACCUUACUCAGUUUCUGACCGACUUCAUGUACAGUCCCUAA